UCACCACAACCUCAUCGCACUCCACUGCUCUCAACCAUAGCUCUACAUACUCAACCAAGCAAAGUCAGGUCAUCAGCCUUUGUAAAGAGCCUGAACAAGAACUCUAACCGGAACAGAAAACAAGCUGCAUCACACAUCAAGCACCAUGCGCUUCCACUACCUUACCCCCCUCGCACUUCUCGGCCUCGCUGGCACUACUCAAGCUGGGCCUGCAGCAUACGGCAUCUGCCAGGCUGGCUGCGCGGACGUUGUAAUGGCCUGCUAUUCCGGGGCUGGCUUCACUUGGGGUGCGACUCCUGGUGCUACGGCUCCCGCUACCAUCAUUGCGUGCAACGCCGCUUUCGGUACUUGCCAGGCUGCUUGCGCUGCUGUCAUCUUCGCUUCAACUCCUUAAACGUACUUGUGUCCGAGAAAAUAUCUGGAUGUAAGUGGUAUGUUUGUUCAGGGCCUGUGAUACAGUCUGACCGUGUUGGGUGCUACAGGACAAGCGGUGUGACGAGACACCACACGACUACAAGCAUGCGAC